UUCAAGCGAGAAUGUCUACUUUCCGCCAGGAAAGGGUUGAAGACCACUAUGACAUGGAGGAAGAGCUGGGCAGCGGCCAGUUUGCAAUCGUGCGGAAGUGCCGCGAGAAGAAAACAGGCCUGGAAUACGCAGCCAAAUUUAUCAAGAAACGCCGCCUGUCCUCAAGCCGCCGAGGGGUGAGCCGGGAGGAGAUUCAGCGGGAAGUCAACAUCCUGCGUGAGAUUCAGCACCCCAAUAUCAUCACCCUCCACGACAUUUUCGAGAACAAGACGGACGUGGUGCUGAUUCUGGAACUGGUCUCCGGCGGGGAGCUGUUUGACUUCCUGGCCGAGAAGGAAUCCCUGACGGAGGAAGAGGCCACCCAGUUCCUGAAACAGAUCCUAGAUGGGGUCCACUACCUCCACUCCAAACACAUCGCCCAUUUCGACCUCAAGCCCCACUGGCGCGAGUACUGCAUGAGUGUUGCGGUGUUUGCGUUCCCGCUUGAGAGCACUCACGGCCCCACUUGCAUGAGCAACGGGCUGAGCGGUGCCUCUCCCUUCUUGGGGGAAACGAAGCAGGAGACCCUGACCAACAUUUCGGCGGUGAAUUACGACUUUGACGAGGAAUACUUCAGCAACACCAGCGAACUGGCCAAGGAUUUCAUUCGGAGGCUGCUGGUCAAGGACCCCAAGAAACGGAUGACAAUUGAGCAAAGCUUGGAGCACCCGUGGAUCAAGGUGAUCAAGAGGCGGAACGUACGCAACGAAGACAACGGCAAGAAGCCAGAGCGACGGCGCCUGAAGACCACCCGGCUGAAGGAAUACACCAUCAAGUCCCACUCCAGCAUGCCGCCCAAUAACACCUACAUCAACUUUGAGCGCUUCUCCAAGGUCCUGGAGGAGGUGGCGGUGGCCGAGGAGAGCCUGCGCGAGCUGCAGCAGAGCAAGAGGUCUUUCCGGGAGGACAUUGAGGCCCUGCGCUCCAUUUAUGAGGAGAAGGAGUUGUGGUACAAGGAGGAGAACGAGGCCAUCAGCCAGGAUCUCCGCCAGAUCCAGCAGGAGAUGCAGAAGACGGAGGCCCUGAAGCGGCAAGCUCAAGAAGAGGCCAAGAGUACCUCCUUGGCAGCCAACCGUCUGAAGCGACAUCUCAGGAAGCUGGAGAACCGCUACGAGGCCCUGGCCAAGCAGAUGGCUUCCGAGAUGAAGUUUGUCCAGGAACUGGUCCAUUCGGUGGAGAUGGAGAAGCUGCAGGGUGGAGAAGAAGACUGUGGAAUUCGCUAAUGGGGGUCCCUUCUGGGCAGGUGGGAGAAGGUCAUCUCUUCUGGGUCAGGUCAACCCAUCUUAGAUCCUCCUACUCACCCUUCCGGGGUGGUGGUGUCGGAAAAGACACCGGCCCUCUU